AUGGAGGCAAUGGAGGCCCAUCUCUCCUUAUGCCGCCCUCCGACGUGGCCCACCAGCCACCCCGGCUUUGACCCCAAUCUCACACCGCAAUCCCACGGCCCCUCCCCCUCAGCCUCGAACCCUGUUCCCGACGUUCUGAAAGUGGUUCAAGGUCAUUCUUCCGGCCGCGGUCUUCAACUCGACAUGGAGCAACAACUCCGACUGGUUGAGAUCUGUCGAUAUGCCAUGAGCCACUGCGAUCCGAAAGCCUACCCAAAAAGUUUCUGGCUCCGCAUAUCCGCCACGUUCGAAAAAGUUACCGGUCGCAGCUACUCCUGGCAGUCGUGCCGUCGACGCAUGAUCGCCCUGGUCACCAAACGACUCGAGUUCUGGGGCGCUUUCGAGGAAUGUGUCCGCCAGAAGGAAUAUCCCGACUGCGACAUGGUGGACGAUGUGGCCGAUGAGGUGGAUACGUGGCUGGAGUGCGAGGGACGAGUCCCGCAGAAAUGCUUGGACAAAAAGGACGAGGCGUGGAGGGCUCAUGAGGAGUCAUUGCGGCAGCCUCGCGUCGCCGCCCCCCCGCCAGACAAGGCGAGCCCUCAACUGACCCGCACCCCGGAAGUCCCGCAUGGCGCGAAAAUCCAGCGGGUCGUCAAUUGGGUCAUGGGUCUGCCGUCCUUGGACGAAAUGGAUCUCCUCCCACUGCACUGGGGUGAAUCUCGAAUGGAGUUCUCUCUUCGGAGUCGAAUCAAUGCAGACGACGAACGCUUGUUGGCCCAGUCCCAGUCCCAGUCUCAAUCUCGAUCGCCCGGUCAGGAUGCCACCAUCUCCUACCACCCACGCUCUCGCUCUCCGCAGGCCGAACGACCGACUCGAGCCAUCAACCCCGUGCUGGCUCUGGAUAGAAUCGGACAGAAGUUCCACGCCGCCGCAAUGAAUCUACACCCGCCUCUCCAAAAGCGCAUCAAUCCGACCGGGGCAGAUGAAUCCUCCACCACGCAGAGUCCCCUCCCCGUGGCCCCCGUUGCUCCUCAGAUUACCCAACCGACCAACAAGCGACCGCGAGACGAUGACCACGAGGCGAACGAUCGACCGGUCCGUCGCCUUCGUCAAACACCUCGCAGCCAUCCGUCGGAGACGCCGGCAUCUGACCAACCGGGUCUGCCGCAAAAUCACCUUAACAACGUCGACAACUCGGUGGAUGUUGUUUUCGGUAAUUUCUGGGGCGGGCUGGCUCCGCUCUUUGGGGAUCGUGAUCUCAAGCAGCAAGCAUCGGCUACGAAAUCAGAGUCCGUCAUGCGUGAUAUGCUUCGAGACAUUGCCACCGCAAUCACCAAGGCCGUCUUGAAAAUGAGAGAGGCCGACGACAACGAAGCUUGA